AUGGUCAUGACAAAUAUCCUUUGUCAAAUUUUGUCAGACGACCUUCCCGAACUUCCUCCUUGCCGGGAACCAAGCAAGGGCAUGAUCGUCGGCAAUCUUGGGAUGACCUCUAAUACAAUGACAACAGAAGGCCCAUUCGCCAAACUCGACGUCGAAUCAGUCCUAUCGUUCAUGUCACCCAGUUGCACCCUCCGCUCUUUUCCAUCCAGCCUCGGCAAACCAGCUUUGCAAACCAAAGAAGAAAGCAAGGCGGACUUCCAAGGGCUAAAGGAUUUUUUCUACAAUUUCCAGCUACGCGUCAAGGACGGUGCGGAGCCAGUCAUCGACGAGCCUGCGAGGAAGGUUGUACUGCAUAUUGAGGGGAAGGGGGACUCCCUGGUUGGUCGAUUUGAGACCGAGUACGUCUACAUUCUGCAGAUUAAUGAGGAAGGAACAAUGGUGGAGGACUUUUUCCAGUUUGCAGAUUCGGCGACGAGGGAUGCAUGGGGGAAGAAAAUUGAGGCGCAUUUCUCGGCGAGGAAUUAG